AUGAACGGACCAUCCUCAACCCAGCUCUCAGCGACGCUGGACUUUCUAACGGACGCCGCCCAUCUUCUGGCGACAACAGCGCCAGAGACGUCGGCGUUUCUCAUGAACCAGAGAGGCAACCUUAUGUUUGAGAACGAACUGCCCCAGUCCGACGUCCAUAGACAGCACGUCUGCAGUUGCUGCGGCCACAUCAUGAUUCUUGGUCACGGCAGCACUUUGAAAUCUGAACACCAAAAAGCCGUGCGCAAGAGGCUAAGAGCAGGCCAAAAGUUUACGAAAACGCCUGUCCAGGCGAAGCAACAGGAUCAAGAGUCGCGCAAAGGACCAGUUAAGCGCAUCACAUGCGGCCACUGCACAAGGAAAACUGAGAUCAAGUUCCCGGCCCCGGCUCCUGUCUCGAGGCGCAGCAUCAACCCGAAGACUCAACCACAACAACAAGCGCCAAAGUCAGCAGCAACAGGGCUAAAACCAAGUGCGGCGUCUACCCUGGGGUCUCUUGCUGGGCUUUCCACACACAAGCCAACCCCUUCGUCCAGUGCAAAUAGCAAAAAGCGUGCCAAAUCCAGGAAAGCCGGACUUCAGGCCUUGCUCGACCAGUCCAAUGCCUCCAAAGGCUCGAGGCCUGGUCUUGGACUGAGUCUCGCCGAUUUUAUGCAGAAAUAA